GCCCCAGGCUCAAACGAGACGAAACGAAACCGUUGCCCUCACUCAUCGUCUUCGGUCUCUGCUUCUCUUUGGUUUUCUGCUCCCAUUUGCUCACCCAAACCACCCUAACAAGAAGCUGCCAGCUCCCCUCGCUCUGAUUUGCGUGAUCCAUGUAGCGGAGCAGGUCUAGAAGCUCGGCACCGGCAACAAGGUAAUGGUGGUGUGCCGCGACAUUUCGUGGGUGCAAGCGCAUGGAUGCGUAACACGUUCAAGCAAUCGAGCUGGGAUUAAUUUGCAAAUGGAAGACGACGGCAGCGGCGAGCUAUAUUUGCUGAGCCGCUUCGCGCCGUCCUCGUCGUCGCCUGCUCAGCUGCGAGGCGUGGAGAGAACCAUGGAUCCUCACAAGGACCUGUCGUCGGAGCUGGACCCGGCGCUGCUCAUGUCUGCGUCCACGUCCUCCUCCUCGCCGCCGGACUCCGCCUCGCCAUCCUUCUCAUUCUCCCACCCGUCCCCGCCCCACUACACCCUCGCCGUCAACGACCUCUCCUGCCCCGCCCCUCGCCGCCGCGCCUCCAUCCUGCCCUCCUGCUUCUCCGCCAACCCGGCGAACCCCGACACCGGUGCCGGCGAGGGGCUGCUCAAGUCCGUGUCCUUCACCGCCACCAGCUCCAACAUCCUCGCCAUCGUGGGCCCCAGCGGCGCGGGCAAGUCGACGCUGCUCCGCAUCCUGUCCGGCCGCGGCACGGGCACCGAGAUCGCCAAGCCCGGCACGGUGUCGCUCAACGGCCACGCCGUCACCUCCCGCGCGCAGCUGCGGCGGCUGUGUGGAUUCGUCACGCAGGACGACAACCUCCUCCCGCUGCUCACCGUCCGGGAGACCAUCCUCUUCGCCGCGCAGUUCAGGCUCCGCGCUGCCGCCACGGCCCAGGAGCGCCUCGACCACGUGGAGGCGCUGAUGCAGGAGCUGGGCUUGUCCGAGGUGGCCGACAGCUACGUCGGCGGCGGUGGCGGGGGCGGCUGCGGCGCGCCGGCCGCCCGCGGCGUGUCCGGCGGCGAGCGGAAGCGGGUGUCCAUCGCGGUGGACAUCGUGCACGACCCGCCCGUGCUGCUGCUGGACGAGCCCACGUCGGGGCUCGACAGCCGGUCCGCCAUGGACGUCCUCGCGCUGCUGCACGAGGUGUCCCGCGCGCGGCGGCAGGUGGUGGUGCUCAGCAUCCACCAGCCCAGCUACCGUAUGCUCGGCUACAUUUCCUCGCUGCUCCUCCUCUCCCGCGGCGCCGUGGCGCACUCCGGCACGCUCGGGUCGCUGGAGGACGCGCUGGCGCGGCUGGGACACAAGAUCCCCGCGCAGCUUAACCCGCUCGAGCUCGCCAUGGAGGUCACCAACGAGCUCCAGGAGGACCGCGCCAGGUUCCCCGCGCUCACCGCACGCAACGACGACGACGAGGAAGACGAGAUGGGCCUUGUCAACCACGCCGGCCGCGGCCUCGACGUCCCCGACCAGGGCUACUGCAGCCGCUUCACGGAGGUCUCGGCGCUGACGGUGCGGUGCUGGCGCACCAUGCACCGCACGCGCGAGCUCUUCGCGGCGCGGGCGGCGCAGGCCGUGGUGGGCGGGCUGGGCCUCGGCAGCGUCUACUUCCGCCUGAGCCCGGACAACCCCGACGGCGUGGCGCUCCGGCUGGGCCUCUUCGCCUUCACCCUGUCCUUCCUCCUCUCCUCCACCGUGGAGGCCCUGCCCGUCCUCCUCCACGAGCGCCGUGUGCUGAUGCGGGAGGCCUCCCGCCGGGCCUACCGCCUCUCCUCCUACGUGGCUGCCAACGCGCUGGUCUUCGCGCCGUGCCUCCUCGCCGUGUCGCUCCUCUUCUCGGCGCCGCUCUACUGGCUGGCGGGGCUCCGCGCCGAGCCCGCCACGACCUUCGUCUUCUUCGUCCUCGCCGUCUGGCUCAUCGUGCUCAUGGCAAGCUCGCUCGUGCUCUUCCUCAGCGCCGUGUCGCCGGACUUCGUGAUGGGGAACGCCCUCAUCUGCGUGUUCCUGGGCGUCUUCUUCCUCUUCUCCGGCUACUUCAUCCCCAAGGACAGCAUCCCGAGGUACUGGGCGUUCAUGUACUACGUGUCCAUGUACAGGUACCCGCUGGACCUGCUGCUCAUCAACGAGUACGGGGGCAGCGCGGCGGGCAAGUGCGUCGCCUGGGUAGGAGGAGAUCACGGUGGCGCCAUGGCCGGCGGGGCGUGCUUGAGGACCGGAGCCGACGUGCUCAGGGACAGGGGCAUCGACGAGGGGAUGAAGUGGGUCAACGUCGGGGUCAUUCUGGGGUUCUUCCUGCUGUACAGGGUCAUGUGCUGGGCCGUGCUCGUCAGGAGGGCAUCCAAGACCACCCUGUGAUCUCUUCAGCGUUUGAAUGGUUCAGGGGAAGAGCGCUCUGUUUCAGCAUGCAUUGUCUUCUGUUUGGAGGUGAUGGAGAGUUUGCUGAUUAAAAUUGGUUCAUGUAAUAUCGAUUAUUGUAUUCCGAUCCUCUUUUAUGAUUUUUUGGGCUAUUUUUUGGGUUGGUGUUAACUAAGAAAUGUCAAAUGUGAUGUUAAUCUGGGCUACCUGGAAUAUUAAUGUAUCUUCGGUAAUAAACCAGUUCAUUUA